AUGGCUUGCCUGCUACCCGCCUCAGCCGGGAGCCACUCCUCAGACAUGCAACUGGCCGUCUCCCAACUGCAACAGAACAAUUACCUCAUGGGCUAUCGCAACCUCCUCUCCUACGCCACCAGCCUUGGGGUCCCGGUCCUUCGCCGUUCUGCACUCAGCCAAGAAGAAUGGAGGCUGAGAUCACAAGGUCAGUACUCGGCUGCGUAUGAAGCGGUCCUGGCUGGCGCCCUGGCGGUGGAGAAAGUCAUCAUCAAGCGGCCGAAAGCAUCGUUCAGCCGGGACAGCGCCAAUAUUGAGAGUGAACUGCAGCAUAAAGCCCUGUCCGGGAUCAUCCAAGAACUGCGCAUUCUUGCGCAUCAAGACCUCAGAGCUCACACCAAUCUGCCCCGCAUCCUGGGGGUAUUCUUUGAGGAAGUUUUGAACCCCGACGGUACGAUCCCUUGCCUGGUGUUUGAGCAGGCCAUAUCAGAUCUGUUUUCCUACCUUGGGGACAAUCCCUCGGGUAUUCCAGCUACCACCAUAAGAUCCUUCUCUUCUGACAUUGCCGCGGGCUUGUCGGCCAUUCAUGGACACGGCCUCGUCCACGGCGAUCUGAAACCGAGCAAUAUUCUCCUCUUCCUUCGAGACGGCCGUCUGGCCGCUGCGCUGGCCGACUUUAGCACGUGCGGCAUUGCGGACCAGUCUCCCCGGCAUGUUGGCAUUAUACCGGGCACGGCCGGAUUUUGGGCGCCGGAAUAUUACCGUGAGAGCGCCUAUCACGCGUGGGUGAAUUCGCCGCCGCGAGACAUAUACGGCUUCGGUCUGGUUGUCGUCUCUAUGAUGGGCCACUCCCAGACGCCGCCAUUUCCGGACAGUUCCAUGACGCUCCAGCACGACGACCAAAGGUGUCUUGAUCACCUGCGGGGCCGCGUCCCAGUCCUGCUUCCGGAUGGCGACUUUCUCUGGUGGGUCGUGGAGCACUGCGUCGUUGCGAAUCCAGAAAAGAGGUGGUCGCUCGGGCGAUUAGGAUCCGAACUCAGGAGUAUUCAGGGUCUUGACGACAGCCUCUUCCAUCAAGUCCAAGCUCAUGCCGAACAAGCGCUGCUGAAGGAUCCAGACAAUCCCAGAGUGACCAUAUUGCAUCAAAUGGAGCUCUCCUCUCACCUGCAUAGUAAACUCGUCUCCGAGUAUGUCAUGGCCGUCAAAGAAAGUGUCGAUGUCCGGCUGGCCGUCACCCUGGCGGCGCUGUAUUCAGGAGCUCUCGGGCCCGCGGUAGAAUCUCCUUACAACUUUGUUGCGAAAACGCAGUGGCUUCUAAAAGCCAUUGAGCUUGGAUCUCUCCCAGCGGUGCAUGCCUUGUUCGAGGAUCGGAAUACAUUAAGGAUCGUUGAGACGAUUGGCAGGCCACUCAUGUCUUACAAGCCGCUCACCUUUCACGCGCCAUACAUCUCAACAGAGGCAUUGCUCGAGCGGUUGCACACCUUCGCGACUCAGUUGUCGGAUGUCGACAGUUUGAACCUGCUGGUUUUCCUUGGCGGAGGCAUCCCCGAGACGUUCGGCCUAGGAAACCCCUCCUUCAAGCCCCGAUCCUCCAUGCAGGAGAAGCUCCGUGAGGACUUCCCCGGACUGUACGACUUGGAGGAUCUAAAACUAAACGUCUUGGAACUCGAUCUGCAGAUUCUCGACGCAGAUGCAUACGACUUGGUCUUCAGUCAAAAGGAGUUGUUCGUCUUGGCCUACAACGACGAUCUGGAGGCCAUGAUGCGUCAGCCCGACGCCGCCAUCGUACCAUACCUGCACGAGCUGUUACACACCGCCGUGUUUGGAGGGAGCGUGCGAACUGUCCGAUACCUCGUUUCCUCUUAUGAUAUGGAUCCGAACGCUAUCAUUUCGGACGACUCGGUGAUGGCUCCCCGGGAACCAAAUAUGGCGACAUCUCCAACGUCGCAGGACGAACCCGAGGCUGAAGAGAGGUCUGGCUCGGAUUGCACCGACUCAGACGUGAGCGACGAUGUGCUGGAUAUGGACAUGGAUGGAGCGAGCUACGGUCUCAGCUUUCUGGACUUCGCGAUUAUCCUGGGCCGACGAGCCGUCGUGAUUGCCCUGCUCGAACGAGGCGCCCGGAUUCACGGCGCUGCCGCGGCCCGGCCUUCUUCGCUGCAUUAUCUCGCUCGGUUCGAUGAUAGCGAGCUGGCGAAAGCCGUGUGUCAAAGCCUACCAGACAGGCAGCGUUUCCAGGAAAUUAUGGAGUCCAAACCAUCGCAAGGAAAGCUUGAAGGGAUCAGCGCCAUCGAGUUAAACAUGUCCGCGGGUAGAUGGAGGAACGUCUUGCAGAUGAUUCGCCAGUCGGAAACGCUAGACACGAGCUUGGGAGAGAGCAAUCUCUUGUACUUGGCUAUCAGCCGCUCGCCACCGGCACCUCUUUUUAUCAUCGAGGAGAUGCUGGCCCGAGGGGUCGACCCCGACGUCGCGGCUGACGCGACCCGGCCACCGCUGUGCUGGACCAUCGGGAGCAGCAACGUCGCCGCAACCGAGAUGCUGCUGCGGUAUGGCGCGAACCUACGUCCGAGCGGAGACGUUGAUCUUGUCGGCUUCGCCAAGGAGUGCCUCGAUGAAAUUGACACAUACUAUUCUAACGUUAUUGUCGUCAACAAGGAGGGAGUUCUCUGCCCGGAAGGCCUGAGAACAGUCAAGCAAGCUGCUGCUACCGUGUAUGUCAUGGCUACCAUUGCAGCAGAAGCAGGCAAUCACUGGCUCCGAGACCUGGGGGUUUGCAUGUCGCAGUGCCCGGACGACUGCCUCGGCAAGAUAUGGCUAGCAAACAGCUCCGAGCCAAAGGAGACGACGAUGCUUCUCGAACUGCCAAUCCCAACAUAG